AUGUCUGCACAACCAGAGAAGGAAAGACUUGCAUCAUUUGCCGAUACGGAAUUUAGAAAAUUAGCUGUGGAGGAAUAUGAACGUGUAAAGUUGAUGAGACUUUUCGAUUUGGUCGAUUAUCAUGCAAAUACAAAGAAGAGUAAUCCGGCCUUGUGUGAAUUUAAUACCGGAGAUGAAAUUAGUUAUGCAACAUUGAGACAGUCAUCAACUGCUUUUGCUGCUAAAUUAUUGGAAUGUGGAUUGAAAAAGGGAGAUAUUGUUGCCACCUCCCUUCCAUUCAUGAAGGAACAUAUUUAUUUAUUAUUUGCCUGUAUGAGAUUGGGUGUUGUGAUUGCUCCUUUGGAUUUGAGAUUGAAGGAACAUGAAAUUGCCAAGUGUUUUGAUGCUAUUCGUCCAAAAAUGUACUUCUUUUUGGGUCAAACUCCAGUUGCUGAUUUCAGACCUAUGGUUUCAAAUUUGAUGAAGAAUUACAAAAAGACUGAAACUGGUACUGGAACUAUUACUCACUGGGUUCAAUUCCAAAAGGAAAAGGAUUUGGUUAUUGAUGGAGCUAUUGGCAUUCUUGAUUUUGUUGCCAACGUUAAGAGUUUAUUUAUUUUUGAUUAUUUGAAAUCCUGGGUCGGUGGUGGUGUUGCUUACCAUGAAUCGCAAGUUAGUCCUAAUGAUCCAGCUAUUAUCAUUUUUACAACAGGAUCAACUGGUAAUCCAAAGGCUGCUAAACUUUCACAUGCUAAUAUUAUUAUUCAAAAUAUUGGUCUCAAGAGAGCUUUCUUUGAUCCAUGGGCAAAGGACGAAACAGUUGUCAUGUUGUGCAAUUUGCCACCAAGUCACGUUGGUUGCAUUACUGAACAAUUUUUCACAACCAUCUAUGCCGGUGGUUCUUGUGUUAUUUUACACAUUUUCGAUGCUGAAAAGAGUUUGCAAGCUAUUGAAAAGUACAAGGUUAAUUGUUUGGGUCAAAUUCCAGCCCUCUUCCAAUUGCAAUGGAGAUUGCCAAACUAUUCCAAAUAUGACUUGUCUAGUCUCAAAUUAGCUAUUUAUGGUGGUCAAGCUGUCACUACCCAAUUUUUAGAAAAGAUGCAAACCAUGGCUCCAUUAAUUUGCUCUGGUUUGGGUUUGACUGAAACUGCUGGUUUCGUUACAUACAGUCAACUCGGUGUUGGUGUUUCUGAAAUUAUGGCAUCCAUUGGUUAUGAUUCUCCAUUGUGUCCAAUCAGUGUUCGUGAACCACCUGUACUUGUAGAUGGCGUCUAUAUUGCUGGAGCUGAGAAGAAAGCUUCUGAGGUUGGUGAAGUUUGUUUCACUGGUCCUCAAAUCUUUGUUGGAUAUCAUGGAGCUGAUGAAAAUCCAGAACUUGCUGAAACAAUGAGACAAACCAUUGUUCCACUCACCAUUGAAAAGAAGGAAAGUAAGGAUCCAAAUGAUUUCAUCUUGUACACUGGCGAUGUUGGUUCUUAUGAUAAUCUUGGGUUGCACUUUGCUUCUCGUAGAAAGUUCGUCAUCAAACCAAAGGGUUAUCAAGUUUUCCCUGGUGAAGUUGAAGAAUUUAUUGAACAAUCAUUUAAGGAAAAGAUUGCUCGUGUUGGUGCUGUUGGUGUUGAUCAUGAAAUCUUCUCUGAGGGUAUUGUUGUUUUGAUUGAAUUGAAGGAUAAGGAAGAUAAGUCCAUCACUGUUUCAGAUGUUAUGAAGGCCUGUAAUGAAAUGGCAGCCUACAAGAGACCAUCACACGUUGUUUUCCUCACUUCUGACAUGCCUCUUAAUCGUGUCGCCAAGAUUGACUAUAUUGCUCUCAAACAAAUUGCUGUUGACGAAGUUAACAAGUUGAGACAACAAGGAAAGUGGGAUAAAUAA